AUGCCAGCACUGCGAAAGAUGCCAGCACUUGUGUCGUAUAGUAAAUUGGAAGAAACAAUUUCGUCAUCUGCACGUGCAGCAAGUGCAGGCUACAGUGCAUCUGUUUCAACAGUGGAAGUGCAGCAAAUUAUUACAAAGUCAUUGUCGAGACAUCGUCGAGACAUUGUCGUGACGCUCUGGAUCUAGUCUCGCUGACAAGUCACGCUUUGGUCAUUGUACUUUUGAAUUUUUGGAAGUUCUCUUGUUCUGUGACGGCCCAAGACUGGAUCUCUUCGGAGACGCUUUAAAAUUUCUUGAGAAGUCCCCGGGCGAUGCGAGCGUAGUCGCCGUGAACGGGCGCUCCGUGCCCAACCGCCCGGCGACGGCGCCCCGCAGUGUCCCCGUCGCCGCCGCCCCCGAGCCGGUGAAGCCGGCGGC